AUGUAUGGACCACAGCAAUUGGCGUAUGCGCCGACACCGUACAGCUACACACCAUCGAGUAACCUCACCGCGACAAUCAAUCUGGACGAAGUACUCUACUUGCACCCGUACGCCGCCGCGUGUACCUGCUGAUGAUAGCAGGAAGUCAAGCUCGCAGACACAUCCGCCGAACGAGAUCUUUACGAGUCGCUGGCCGAGAUAUACAGUAUCAUCAUCACCCUCGAUGCGUUGGAGAAGGCGUACCUGCGAGACAGCAUCGAGGAGUCGGAAUACACCGAGACGUGCGAUCGAUUGCUGCGCCAGUACAAGAGCAAUCUCGCGGAUGAAAGCGUGCAAGCAGCGUUCGGUGACGUGGAACGCUUCAAGGCCGAGUGGGAUGUGCGUGAGAUGUCACGCUCUUGCAAUGUGCACGGCUGAUAGAAAUGGCAGUUGGAAGUACCCAAGGCGACGGAGCGUCUAAAGAUUGGCCUGCCAGCAACCAUUGAGACGGUCCCGACACGUACGGCAUCGCAACGUGCGACAUCCCAAUCGCAGACACCCAGCAACGCUCCCAGCGCGGCCAAUGCCACAGCCAUCGUGUCUGCAUCGGAGAACUUCAUCACGCUGUUCGAUGCAGUGCGCAUGAACAUCCUCUCCAAGGACACGCUGCACCCGAUCCUCGUGGACACGAUCCAAGCCGUCAACAAGGUCACCGACCGGGACUUCGAGAGCAAGGGUAAGAUUGUGCAGUGGCUGAUCACGCUCAAUCAAAUGCGUGCUGCGGAGGAACUCAGUCCGGAGCAAGCACGACAGAUGAACUUUGACCUGAACGAAGCUUACGAAGGCUUCAAAGCCACACUGGAGUGA